UUUUGACAAAAGUCUAAAUGACCCUUUACCAACUACUAAAAAAGCCAGACACAAAAGCUAGCCUGUAGCUAGCUGAGUAUGCCUCUAGUAAGCAGUAUUAUUCUUCCCCAUGGAGCCAUGACACUUGAUGGAGGAGCUGCAGCUGGUUGUUCAGCAGCUGCUGUAGAUCGUCUCCACAAUCUCCCAGAAACUCUCAAAGAAGAUUGUCAGACGUUGUUCAAAGCUUGUCAUGAAGCCGCUGAGAUAGCGAAGACAACAAAGCCAGAUGUGAUUUUCUUGAACACCCCACAUGGAAUAUGUUUGUCGAACUCCCAUGCCGUGUACAUCAACACAAAAGCUAAAGGAAACGCUGAGUGGAACAAACAAUGGACCGAAUACGAUGUAUUUGUGGACUUAGACGUGGAAUUGGCAAAAUCCUUUGCAGCUCACCUUAUACAAGAUGCCAUCCCUGCUGAAGAAAUGAAAGCUUUCUCUUCUUGUGAAGCACCACUCCGGUGGGGAGAAGUUAUUCCCCUCUGGUUCGUUAGAGACCUCACUGCAUCUGGUGUGAAGGUGGUCAUAUUCAGUAACCCUCUCUCAAGAUCAAGACAGUUUUCACUUACUGACAUCACCAAAGUAGGUGACUCAAUUGCAAAGUUUUUCGAUCGCCUUGAACAACGGGUGUUGUACAUUGUGAGUGGUGAUCUAGCACACAGUCACCAAACUGAGUGUACCAUGCCUCUGUACCUUGCUGACCCUCGAUGGAACAUGCCUACGUCUGACACAGCUCUACCUUUCGAUAUUUGUGUUGAGAAUUGGGUGAAGGGGAUUCCGUAUUCUCCUGAAAGCAAGAAAAGACAAACCAAAACAAAGGAGAAGCAUUCAAGCUCGUGGGACUCUGCCGCAUGCAGCAAUGCUCAAAAGUGGAUUUCCGAAGCAGUUGAUUUGAAGCAAGAAGCUCUAUCAUGUGGAAUUUACGGAUUUUGUCUUCUUCAAGGAAUACUCGCUAAUGGAUUAAAGAAGAGAAACAAUUUUACUGCUCAUCUUCUGUGCAGACUAGCCCCAACGUACUAUGGAAUGGCUGCAGCAGUUUUUUUGUAGAUUUUGGAACUCAAUAUUUUACUGAAUCCCCCACAAGUCAUUAUUACUUUAUUAUCAUUAUUACUUUAUUAAUAA